UACAUCCAAACCCUGUUCAAUGCCAGAGAUGCCCAACGCUAUAUAGUUGCAAAUGCAAAAACGGCAUCGGAUGGAAGCUUUGAGAGACGGUCUCCCUCUCCCCCUAUCAUCUCUGCGUCUGUUGGUUCCUCCACUGCGGCUGGUGUCUGCAGCUCUAUGGCAAGUUGUUCAGCAGAGAGACGUAAUGGACUACGGGUUGGUGGAGGAGUUUGUCACCACUGUGUUGGAGAUAGUUCCUGAUAUGAUGAGUUACAGGGAGAGAGUCCAACUCAUCAUGGGGCUGCGAGCACAGCUGGUUCUGGAGUUGUGUCGCUCUGAUCACCUAGCCAACCCUGAGACCAUCCAGCCACACCUGAACAGGAUGAAGACCUGUAUCAUCACUCAUAGGGACAAGGAGAUUUCUGAUCCAGAGGUGGAAGCGUCAGAAUCAAACUUCCUGAAGCUGAUUCAAACUCUGCUGGAAGACCCAGUCGAGAAGGAAUACUUCUUUCAGAGUGUGUUUUCAGAGGAAUUUGGCCCCAAGUAUAACUCAGCACUGCAGACUCUGGUGUGGGAGUUCCUCUCCAGGCUGGAGAAGCUGCUUCCAGCACCAACCCUUCAACAGACGGCAUCUUGGUUCCUACCUGACCCCUCUGUCCUGGAGGAGUGUGUGCAGUGUGUAUCCCACCCUCAGCCUUUGAAGACCCUUCUCCAGCACCACAACAACACAUGUGGACAUGUAGACACCAAUGGUCUGUUUUCUGGCGACAAUCAAAUCCCAAUCGAAGCUGACCCAGAGGUCCAAUCAGAACCUGUGCAGCAAUGUAUGAGCCAUGUCUCAUCUGACAAUGAGUCAGACAUGACCCCUUUGUUGGAACUGGGGAUUGAUUCAGACCGAAUUGUGCACAAAGGGGUGGAGCCUGUGCACAAAGUGGUGGAGUCUGCUUCUUUAGAGGUAGGGCAUAUAUACAAUGAAACUACAGAGAAAAAUAUUAAACACAACACACCAGGUAAAGAGCUCGCAAAAUAUAUGCAAAAUAAUACAUAUUUUCACCACCUUAACACUGACAGUGGGCUGAAAAUCCAAGGAAAAGCCCACAGCAGCCAACAGGAAGUGCAGGACAUUUCUAGUUUAUCUACUUCCUGUCGGCUCCAUCAGCCAACAGUGCAGCUGCACAGACUUGACAUUGCUGAUAUGCUUUUACCUGUGACGGAGGUCUAUUCAACACCGAGGAGAGAGAGGCUUCAGAUUGACAAAGUGGGAUCCCAAGGACAGAGAAGAGGACAGGUCAUAUCACAAAAGAGUGAGAGGAAUAUCAAUGAAGAGCCGUCUGAUGGUCAACCUCAGUAUUCUCUGGCCCCUGACCCAUCCCUUACCACAGGGCAGCCUAAAAGAAGCAAGCGUGUCAAAAUAUGCUCCUUGUGUGGAAAGACUUUCAGCGAAGCAAAGGAUUUGACGGCACACAUAAGAUGUCACAAUGAGCAGAGCCCUGCCAAGUGCCCCCAGUGUGGACAAGACUUUGAACACCAUGAGGACUUACAGAAACAUCAGCAGAAUGUGUGUGAGGCGGCAGCUCAACCUGAAGAGGACAACAUGUCUACGGCAUCUUUUAAGGAGGAUAACAUGUCUACGACAUCCGUGGAGGAUCAGACGGAGCUAGCAUGCACGGAGCUAUCAGAGUUGUCCAAAGCCAGGACAUGCCGUGUGUGUCAUAAAACUGUCUAUAGUAGAAAUUAUUUGAGAAAGCACCUGAAAUCCCAACACGGUCAACUCCUGAAGAUACACAAGAAACACAAAACGUUUUUCUGUUGCUCUUUGUGUAAUAAGACAUUUGGAUGCAGAAAUGAUUUAAGAAAGCAUCUGGAAUCCAAACACAGUCAACUCCUGAAGAUGCAUAAGAAACACAAAAGUAUUAUCUGUUGCAUUAUGUGUAAUAAGUCCUUUGAUCUUUCUGAGCCAAACAAGUGUGAGGUGAACCAACAGCAACUCCCCAGGAAGGCACACCCAGAGGCCAACACACUUAUAGCUGCAGUGAUACCACAGCCCUCAAGCACUACAUCCCAGAACCCAACAACCUCCAAUGCUCUGCCCAUUCAGGCACAGUUCUACAAUGACUACAGAACAUGUCUUUUGUGCAAUGAAACUUUCGAUACCGCAGAGACCAUGAGAAAGCACCUAAGAUUUCAACACAAUAUACUGUCUUACUUGUGCCACGAUUGUGGGGAAAGUUUCCCAAGCAAAUUAGAUCUUCAGAAACACUCAAAGAAUUGUUUGAGUAUUCCAGAUUCAAGAAAAUGUAAUGAGUGCAGGAAAAUAACUCCUCAAACAACGCAGCCGCAGGCAAACAUUUGUCAGGAGAUUAACCAAAGACAACAGCAACUACCUGCAGGGGGAAAUGAGAUGGAGAUCCCUCAGUCCUGCAACACAGACGUUAACUCCUUAAAUGACUUGCAGCAAUGCCAGCCAAAUGAGUGUGAGAAGAUUCACUUUCAGGGAGGACAGCAAGACUGGAGUGAGGAGGUUGAUCCAAACCAGCAUCCAGAGGAGGUUGAUCCAAACCAGCAUCCAGGGGAGGUUGAUCCAAACCAGCAUCCAGAGGAGGUUGAUCCAGCCGACAGAAGCAGUUCUCCGAUUCCAAGGGAGAAUGGGACAGAUAUUCCCCAGAGCCAUAGCACUUCACCCCAGAACCCAACAACCUUCGAUGCUCCCCCCACUCAGACGCAGCCACUUGGCAUCUCUCCCCCAGCCUCGCUAAAAUCUAGAACAUGCCCUUUGUGCUCAAAAUGUUUUGCUUAUAAAAAGACCAUGAUGCAGCAUCUGAGACGUCAUUCACAGGGUCAGGGACCCUUCAUGUGCACCAUAUGUUCCAAGAGCUUUGGUACCGCCAGCGAUUUGAAGAGACAUCAGGGAAUUAAGAGCGGUUGUGGGCCAAAUCAUCGUAAUCUCGUCGUACCUGAGAAUGUUCCCACGGAACAAAAAACUGUCUUCUCCUGCCCCCAUUGUCAGGGACAGUACACGAGUGAAAAAAAAAUGAAAGCACACAUGGUAUGUCACACAGGAGAUGGGUUCACCUGUAGGUUUUGUGGCAAGAUAUUUGCUGAAGAUAAGAAAUUACGCAAUCAUGUUCGUUCUCAUAUUGACAGACGACAUCUGUGUGACACAUGUGGUAAAGAUUUUACAUCUCUGUCUAACUUGAAAAAACACACACUUGUACACACAGGAGAACAGCCGUACAUUUGCCCAGACUGUGGCAAAAGUUUUAGUCUGAAGGGUAACCUGAAAGUCCAUCAACAGAGUCAUACAGGAGAGCGGCCAUUUGCGUGCACCAUGUGUACAAUACGCUGUUUCACUCAGACUCAUCUAAAACGGCAUAUGUUGAGGCACACAGGAGAGAAGCCUCAUAAGUGUUUGGCUUGUGGGAAGACAUUUCAACGGAAAAACACAUUGAGGAAACAUCAGCAAGAUUUGUGUUCUUAGUUCUUGGCUUUGACACACUGCCUUCUUGAGAUGCAGACUCAGUCAUACUUUUUUUUUCGCACAACAUUGAUAACAUUUAGUUGAUGGCAUUAAUGGCUUGCAAUUGGUUGUAGGUUCUAGUCAACAGACCAGUAGGCAUCCAUCUUUUGCUACAUUAACUUUUUGCCUAUUUGUAAUAUCUAGCAGUUGUGUGUGUGUGUGUGUGUGUAAAGGAUAUUGUCAAUGGGUUGCUGUACAAUGCUGACAGAAAAAUAAUAUAUAUUCUGUUUUGUGUCAAAUGUUGCCUUUUUUUCUGUCAGCAUUGUACAGCAACCCAUUGACAAUAUCCUUGACAAACUGUAAAUGUACCGUAAGUCUACAAGAGAGAUUGAAAUAAGCACAACAUAGGUAGACCGUAUGCAUUUUUUAUGUAAACAAGUAUACAUUGUCACCCCUACAUUUUGUUAUUGUGUUUAACAAUGCUCAUGUGCUGUGACCUUAUUUACUAUUAUGUAUUGAUUUCUUCUUCAGUCUUUAUGCAAUGUGCACUGCACAGAACACAGGAAGUAUAAUAACUGAAUUAUUGUCAUGUUUGUGUCAGUUUAAUCCUGUAAGGGAUUGCCAACUGGCAAUUUGACACACAAAUAAAAUGUCAUUCACCACAA